ACUGUCCCCUCACGGCUUCCGUACUGUUAGGGUUGCCUGCUGUCAGCAUGGAGUAGUACGGAGUUCAGGUAGCUGUGGACGUACCUACACGGUUGUACAAGUAAUGUAUGUCCACCAUGAUUUGAUAUUAUAACCCCACCAGCUGUCUCAUAGUUAUUUCCUUGACAGAAACCCCUUCUGCGUACCAACAGCGACGUGUGUUGAGAUGUGUUGAAGCAAACGGUCGAGGUGACAUUGUCAAACCGUUGCUGGUUUCAUGCCGCAAUGUUGGCGGCUUUGACGAGAGUUAAAAGCCCUCGGUGGCUUUCUCCAGACAUAUGUUUAGGAUACAUGUUAGGACAAGAGCUGAGAAGAAACGAGUUGGGUUCGUUCAGUCCCGGUUGUUCUUCGGUACCGGCAUCCUGGAGGCGGAGAGCCACCGGCGGCGUCAGAAGCGUCGGCACCUCCUGCGUGCUGUGCGGCAAAGUCCGAGGAAACGCGAAGAAGACCGAGCUGUCUGAGAAGAAGCUGACCCAUCACUUUGUAGACCAUCGCAAUGUGAAGCUGGUGGCAGGGUCAGGCGGCAAAGGGGCCUGCAGCUUUCACAGUGAGCCCCGGAAGGAGUGGGGUGGACCGGAUGGAGGGAACGGAGGUGAUGGAGGAAGCAUUAUUAUAAAGGCUGACCGGUUUGUCAAAUCGCUGGCUCAAAUAACCCCAGUUUACAAGGGAGAAGAUGGUCAAUCAGGAGGCAGCAAGAACUGUUAUGGCAGGAAUGGAAACCCAAAAUAUAUUUCUGUACCAUUGGGCACUGUGGUGAAGGAACAGGGAAAGACAGUUGUGGACCUUUCUGAGCAUGGCCAGGAGUACGUGGCUGUUUUUGGAGGGAUGGGUGGGAAGGGGAAUAGAUUUUAUCUGUCCAAUGAGAACCGGGCUCCGAUGGUGGCAACCCCAGGAAUGCAGGGCCAGGAGAGGGUCCUUCAGCUGGAGCUCCGCACCAUGGCCCAUGCUGGACUGGUGGGGUUUCCUAAUGCUGGGAAAUCAUCUUUGUUGAGAGCGAUCUCCAAUGCCAGGCCUGCUGUGGCUGCUUACCCCUUUACGACACUGAACCCACAUGUGGGAAUUGUCAAGUACAGGGAUCACGAGCAAGUGGCAGUUGCUGACAUCCCAGGCAUCAUCCGAGGAGCCCAUCUGAAUCAAGGGCUGGGCAUCUCUUUUUUGCGUCACAUAGAGCGCUGCCGUUUCCUUCUCUUUGUUCUGGACCUAUCGACUCCGGAGCCCUGGACCCAGCUCCAGCACUUGCGCUAUGAAUUAGACCAGUAUGAGCCUGGUCUCUCCCAGCGUCCUCAGGCAAUCGUAGCCAACAAAAUGGACCUGCCCGAGGCCCAGGAGAAGCUGGGGACUCUAAAGGGUCUUGUUACACAGCGGGUCAUUCCCGUGUCAGCUCUCACGGGACAGAAUACAGAGGAGCUCAUUCUUCACCUGAGAGAGCUGUACGAUGGCUACCUCCAAGAAGAGGACAAUGGGGAAAGCAAACCCAUAAGGUGGUAGCAACAUUGCCUCUUGCUGAACUUUCUAUUAUGUAGUUUUGUACUGGCAGAUUGUGAAUGUGUUUAAAUUUCUUAAUAAAUAUUUAAACGAAACAAAA